AUGCCCCAGCGAGUAACCCUGCCCUGGCAGUCCGACAUGCAGCUGGCCGGCAAGCUGGUCCUCUCCGCCGCCGCUCUGCUCCUCCUGACUUUGGCAUACAGGUUUUAUAAGUCUCGCUCGCUUGCCGGGGGCAAAAUCCCGCCGGCCGACACGGGAGGAGAGCAGAGGGAAAAUGCUGCCCAGGAUGGGGAUGGCGACGGUGCGACAGGUCUGCGACAGAGGAGGGUGUUUGGUGGGGAGGUGAGGAGGGUUGGCGGGGAUGGAGAAGCGAGCGGUCAAGCAAGCGGCCGUGGGACAUGGCGCAUGCCUCCCCAGGGGGAUCGAAGUCUGCCAAGGGGUGAGGAGGAGGAGGAGGAAGGAGAGGAGAUGGUUUCUAAACCGGGGCUGACUCACAGCAGAGCAGGGAUGGCCGAGAGGGGAAGUGAGCUGGGAAGCAAGCUGGGAAGUGAGAUGGGAAGUAAGUCAGGAAACGAGCCAGGAAUUGAGCUGGAAAGUGAUCCGGGAAGCAAGCCAGGAAUCGAGCCGGGAAGCGAGCUGGCAAGCGAGCCAGGAAGCGAGCUGGGAAGUAAUCUGGCAAGUGAGCCAGGAAGCAAGCCGAGCUCUUAUGACCCUGGGGACGCAGCCGAAACACCGAGCAGCCACAGGGAGGAGGGCACGCUCGCACCAAGCACUGGGCUUUCCCCAGGGAUCGCUAAUGCCCAGAUGGCAGGUGAUGGAUGUGCCCAAAGCAUGGAGCAGGAUUUGGCUGUUGGAAGUGUGAGCCGGGAGGCCAAGGGGUGCUGGGGGAUGGUUCAGACCCUCAGCGUCACCUCGGACCUGGGUCUAAAAAUGACAGCAAGCAGCGCAGGUUCAGACACCUCCUACUCUUUCUCCUCGGUCGCAAAGAUCCAGGUGGAGGAGAACUACAUCCCCGAGCAGCGGGCAAAGGACGGGGCCAGGCAGCCGGUCUCUGGCCUCAAAGGCAAAGUCUAUGACUACUAUGCCCAGUCCAUCUCCCAGUCCAUGUCGAAGAAGAGGUGCCUCCCCUACAUCCCCCUGGGAACAUCCCGGCACUGCAGCUUAGAGCAGGUCAAGGAAAAACUGCAGAGCUUUGCAACCCAGGAGCCAGACCCAGCCUCAGCAAUACAGGAUCCCACCACCUCCUCCAUAGUUCCACCACCUACAGGGAGCUUGGAGAUCUCCCCUGAGCCACCAUCGCCUGGCCGCAAGGACAGCAUCCUCCAGAUUGCUGACAGCCCCCACCUCCAGCUGCCCAUGGAGGGUUUUGGGGUCACGGUGCCAGCCGGCACACCACCUGCAAGUCCCCGACCAGGGCUGGUGGCCAGUGCUGGCCUGUUCCAAAUGCCACCACCCACCCACCUGGACAUGGGGAACUGCUAUGAGGUCCUCUGCACAGCCAAGGCGCAGAAGCUCAGCCACCUCCAGGAAGCCGCCUACAAGGUGAUGAGUGACAACUACCUGCAAGUACUGAGGACACACUCCAUCUACGGCCGUCUCAACGCCGGUGAGCGGGAGCUCAUCCUGCGGCAGAGGAUGAAGGGGAAGAUGUACAUGGCUGUGGCAGACAUCAACGUGCAGGAGCCCGGCCUCCAGACCAGCCGCCUGUGCUACUACGAUGACGGAGGGGACCGCUGGCAUCACCUCUGCCACGUGCCACCGGAGGUGGUCUCCCGGGGGUGCGCCAUGUGCAGCAUGUUCAACUACCUCUUCGUGGUGGCCGGCUGUGAGGGCACAGGCCAGAUGCAGAGACCCUCCAACCGUGUCUUCUGCUACGAUCCCCUGACCAGCAUCUGGAGGGAGAUCUGCCCCCUGAACCAAGCACGGCCACACUGCAAGCUUGUGGCCUUGGAUGGCCACCUUUACGCCAUUGGUGGCGAGUGCCUCUACACGGUGGAGCGCUACAACCCCCGGCAGGACCGUUGGACCUUCACCGCACCCCUGCCCCAUGACACCUUUGCCGUGGCCCACACGGCCACAGUGUGUGAUGGGGAGAUCUAUGUGACGGGGGGCACCUUGCGCUACAUGCUGCUGCGUUACACUGCCCGCUCGGACAGCUGGAGGGUCACCCUGGCCGGCGGUGGCAAGGACAGGACAGCCGAGAUGGUGAGCGCUAACGGCUUCAUCUACCGCUUUGACCUCCAUCGUAGCAUGGGCAUCAGCGUCUACCGCUGCAGCGCCAAGGCCAAGCUAUGGUAUGAGUGUGCCACCUACGCCUUGCCCAACCCAUCCGGCUUCCAGUGCGCCGUGAUGGGCAGCCUGGUCCACUGUGUUGGCCGGCGCUUCCACAUACGCUUCUUGGCCGACCACAUCUCACCACGCUUUGGGACGAAGGAGCUUCAGCCCUUCCCAUCACCCCGUGGCAGCAUCCUCCCAGUAGUCCUGGUGCUGCCAGAGGGAGGGACGGUGCAAACACAGGUUUGA